AUGAUGGCCUCUGUGAUCAUGGGGGGCCUUCACAGGAAGGCCCUCACACUGAGGGGGGUGGACCCCGAAACCUGCAUGAUCGUGUUUAAGAACCACUGGGCGCAGGUGAGAAACUCAGCGCAAUCAAUCGAUCAACCGAUCACAGUCCUGCUGUUCUCCAGCAAUCUUUGUCCUUUUGUCUGUCCCCCAGUCUGACCAGUCUGUCCCGUUUUUCUCAUAAUGGUUGGCAGACACUGUGUGUGUGUGUGUGUGUGUGUGUGUUUGUGUGUGUGUGUGUGUUUCUGACCCAGACUUUGGCCCUUAAACACAGAAUCCAUUUAGUACCAAACCCUCUCUACACCCGCCAAGAAAACCCACACACACACUCGGCAUCUGUGUGUCCGAGUGUAUUUUGUGUGUGUAGUUGUUGUCUGAAGCAGCUGAGGUCAAAGGUUAACACAAGUUUAGACAGUGAAAAACAUUUUUCUUCAUUUUUUUGAUUCGUGUCCCCGUUGAUUCCUGAUUGAAAGGCGAAACUCGAUCUGCUGUUUCAUGUUUUUGUUGUUUUCUGGAUUUAAGCCGCAGAGCCAAAAACUAAUUAGUCAAGUGCAAAUAUGACGACCACAAAAAGAUUCUAACAAAAGGUUUCUCAGCUGUUUUUUUAUAAUAGUAUUAGAUGUACUUAAUAACUAAAAGAUUACAGAAGUUUGUCUGCUAGAAAGGUGUCAUUUUCGCAAUGGCGUCCAUGAUGGGUUGGAAGCCCGGGAAGACCUCAUUUACAUUUUCAAACAUAACAUUUGACAAAACUUGUAAUACAAAAAAUAUUUGUCUUAAUCUAAGUUAUAAAUCUGGGAAGUUUCAUGGUGAUAUCUGUUUGUUAAAAAUUUUACCCUAUUCUCCUGGGGUGUCUCCCCAGGCUUCCAACCAUCAUGGACGCCAUCGCGAAAAUGACACCUUUCUAGUGGUCCAACUUUGGUAAACUUUUGGUUUGUUAUUUAGGACAUCUAAUACAAUAAAAAAAAAACAGCUGAGAAACUUUUUUGUUAAAAUUUUUCAGGGUUAGGUGUUUUUUUCAUAGAUGCACCUGCCUAAAUUAAGUUUAUACACCUUUGUACACCUGUAGGUGGAAGGUGGAGAUGUGCUUCAUGUCCCUGAUUUUGUCUCUGCAGGUAGUAAAAAUCCUCGAAAAGCACGAGCCGGGUCGCAGUAGCACCAGCGCGUUGAGUUUCCUUUCUGGUCAUAGUAAGAGUGAAAACAGCGGCUCUGGAGCGUUACGCUUCGGUCCGAUCCCUGCUGACGAGGCCAGCGCCGUCCAGAACUACGUGGAACACAUGCUGUUCCUGCUGAUGGAGGAGGAGGCGGGGCAAGGUGAGAAAACAAAUAAAGGUUUGAGCGUGUGAACCCUUGUGUACUGCUCUAAAUUUAUCUGCCAAUAGAGGGCAAAAAGGAGUAAAAAAAUAAUAAAUCUGAUGCAGUGCAAAAAAUGAUAAUGUAUCAAAGUCAAUGUUGUUAGCAAUGUUUGACACAUACAAGGGUGUUAUAGCACGUAAAAAAUCUCCAUCCUCUUAUCAGUUUUUAUUGUAAAAUUUGUCAUUUUGUGUGAUUUUUUUUUCUCAAAUCAGUGACAUGACCGUUGAUAUUGGCAUUUAAAGGGUUAAAAUCCAUGAUUGAAAAAAAACAAAAAAGUUUUGACAAGGCCCGAGCUUAAUGAAGAGAUUUGAGCAAAAAAAAUUUGAAUUUUUUUUUAAUCUAAUAUGUUUUUACAGCAGCUAAAGUCAGUGGCUAAAAACGUCCACAAAGAGGACCAAAGGGUAGUAAAACUGUACACAGAGCAUUUCUGACCUUGGAAAAUUUUUGAAAAAAUUUCUUGAAAAUUUUUUUGAAAAUUUUUGAAAAUUUUUGUCAAAUUCAAGUUUAGGUCAAAAAUGUGUGUUUUUUUCCCUCUACUGGACAAAAAAGUUAAAACAGGACACAAGGGUUAAAAGUGCUGAGUCGGGUAAAUCCUCAUGCCUGUUGCGAACUGUCACCAGGAGGAGCGAUGGGUCCCAUCCUGGAGUUUGUAGUCCUGGAGGGAGUGAUGGAGAGGCUGUUUCUGUGGAGCCUGAGGAGGCAGUUCACUGAGGACAUGAAGCUGGAGCAGCUCAGGAUGUACCAGAUGCUUCUGUCUCAGGCCCGGCAGCCUCUCCUGCACCAUAAACCGGUUCUACGACCUCUCAUGAUGCUGCUGGCCUCCUGCGCUGGCGCCGCGACAGGUGAGUCGAUUUUGAAAUUCAGCGCAGAGUUCACACAAUCUGACGAUGACGAAACCUUCUAAGCCUACUGACCCACUUUUGUUCAGAUCCGGGGCUGUCCUGAAACCGGUCAAAGUCUCUAAUAACAGUUAAUAGGUUUUCAGGGAUGAUGGUUUUUUGAAAAGUGGGUUAUGCGUGGCCUGAGAAACAGUUUCAACAGUUACCCGUGUUUCCCUCUCCAGACAGCGGGGGCGCAGUCGAGGCAGAACUAGUCCACCUGCUGAACCAGCUGUGUGUCGCUCUGGUCAAAGAUCCCUCUGUGCUGGAACUGUUUUUCCACACCAGCGAGGACCAGGGAGCCGCCAACUUCCUGCUCUUCUCCCUGCUCAUACCAUACACACACAGGUAGGUAUACACACACACACACACACAAAGGUAUACACAUGAAUACACAUACAGGAAAGUAUGAAGGUACACACAGAGGUUAACAAAGAAAGCAGACAAAUACAACCUCAGGUUUACUUACUUUGGCAUGGAAAGGCACACACAAAGGUACACACAUUGGUACACAAUGAGGGUAUAUUAACAUUAAGGUAGUGUUCCUAUUAAGGGAUUAUUCUGGUUAAGAGUUUAUUCACAUAUAGGGGUUAUUCUGAUUGAAGGUAUAUUAACACAUAGAGAUUUUCACAUUAAGGGUGUAUACACAUCUAAGAUGUAUUCCUAAUGGCAGUAUAUUCACAUUUAAUAUUCAUUCACAUCAAUGGUAUAUUCCUAUUGAGAGCAUAUUGACAUUUAAGGUGCAGACAGGUUAAGGAUAGAUUCACAUCAAGGGUAUAUUCACAUUUGGGGUUUAAUAACUUUUAGGGUAUAUUCACAUUGUGCUGUUUACAUUUAGGGUGAUUUCAUAUUUAGGAUAUAUUCCAAAUGAGGGUAAAACAACAUGCAGGGUAUAUUCACUGUAAUGGUAUAUUCACACCUAGUAUACAUUUUCACAUUAAAGGUAAAUUCAAAUUGAGGGUUUAAUUACUCACAGGGUAUAUUAAGGUUUCAACAUUUAGAGUAUAUUCACAUUUAAUAUUUAUUUACAUUUAAGGUAUAUUCCGAUUGAGACUAUAUUGACAUUUAAGGCGUGUGCAGAUUUAGGAUACAUUUACUUUAAGGGUAUAUUCACAUUUAGGGGUUUAAUUUCUCUUAGGGUAUAUUCACAUUGGAGUGUUUACAUUGAGGGUAUAUUCACGUUUGAAGUAUACUCACAUGUAUUUUAACAUAUUCUGAUGAAUGAAUCAUGACUCCAGGUAAAACUGAACUCUCUCUCGACUCUCUCUCUCUCAGACAGGGAACUGUCGGUCAGCAGGCCAGAGACGCUCUUCUCCUCAUCAUGUCUCUGUCCGCCACUGAUCCUCGAGUCGCCCAGCACAUCGCAGAGAACACCUACUUCUGUCCUGUAAGAGCACAGAGAAACCCCGACACGAGUUUGUGUAAUUCGCUCCUCGUUGCCAAACUUUAAUGACUUAAUUCGAGACUCUUGGGAGGUGGCGAUUUCACUCUUUGGUUAUUGGCAGGAGUUUGAUGGUCAUGUUGUUGUGUCUGCUGCUGUUGUCUCGUCUCGUAGAUGUGAAGGAUUUGUUCAGGAUCAGCGUCACUCAGUAAACCUAGCACUGGAACUUAUUUCUAGUUUGUCCAACAAACGCCCUCAUUACACGACAUAAACUAGCUGAAUUGUAGUUUUCUGUGCUGUGGAUGAGCCUUAUCCCCUCAUUCAUCUCCACCACGCAUUGUAAUCCCAUUAUCACGAGUUAUGUAAUAAACUAACAAGCUCAUUCUGCCUCCUCAGGGAGUGUGACAGCAGAAAGAGAGAGGGAUGAAAGAGACGGAGGGGGGAAAUACAGUAGCCGUCAGUUAAUGAAGAAGAUUGGGAGGAGGAGAAAAAUGAGUCGGGGGGAUAAAUGAAAGAAAAGUUAAAGGAAAGUCGACUAAAAAAAGAGGAAAUCUAUCAAACUGGUCGUCCAGAGGAGGGCGAGCCUGUUAGGCAUUCAACUGGAGGGGGGAAAAGUGGCCCCUCUUCAUUCAAAUCAACAACGUUUUUAGGGACGCCAAAGAACUUCAAUUAAAACAUCUAAUGAAAGAUCACGGAAACUGCCAAUCUCAACAGUAGAGCUGUCCCCUCUCUGUUCGGCUCAUCUGUGCACAGACAGGACUGAGCAGUGUCAGGAAGAGAGAGCGCACAGCCCUCUGCAGUAGAGAGCGGGGAUGCAAAACAAGAGACACAAACAAGAGCAGAGCUGCAGAACGUAAAGGGCGUGUUUCUGCUUCAAUGUUUGUAGAAAAGAAAACACAAUUCCUCGUACCGUUGGUAGCUAAAACACACUCUUUGUGAACUGCCCUUCACAAAGGAGCGGUGGACAGGAGUGGACAUAGGCCCUAACACAGAAACAUUUUAAAAUUAGAGCCUUAUCGUGUGAGGGCCUCUCUCCUCCUGUGGCUGCCAUGUUUACUCCAUCACUGCCAGUUUUACCUUUUUUGUCUGAGUGAAAAGGGCAAGCUAAGAGACUGAAGCACGUGCUGCCUGUGUGUGUGUGUGUGUGUGUGUGCUCGUCAGAUUUAAGCCCAUGUAACCGCGCCCUGACCUCAAUCUUUAUGCAGGGAACAGAUUAGUAAAGCAGCGUGAGAUUGGUCGGUACACAGGAAAGGAUUAGUAAAUGUGCACAUGAUUGGACCGCUGUCUGAUUGUUAAGGAGACGGCAGGAUACAGCUGUUUGUUUUGUUGUUGUUUAAGUUGAUGAUUUCCCUUUCGGUCUCCUUCUUCUUUCUACCUUAUAGGAGUUUGAAGAUAACUUCAAGCUCCUGACUUUCUCUGGAUCAAUGUGUUUGAUCCAUUGGGGUAGGCAGGAUUCCGUUAAAGAAGCUUUUUUUUUUUGUGGUGUAUAUACAAAAAAGCUUUUAAUAUCAGUCAAUAGUUAUUAGUUAUUGAUGACAUUUGGGAAUAUAUCGAUAUCUCUGUGUUCUCUUAUGUUUGUGUCGUCAACAUUUUAGCAUUUUUGAGCGGUCCACUCUUUCUGACUGUAAACAAAGCCAGUCUCCACCUCCUCUAACCUGAUUGGUUGUGAGGCGGACGCCACUCCCUGGUGUUGUGAAGCAUGCUCCAUGUCCACUAGUAUUGUCACAAGCCCAAAGAAAGUUAGCGUGCAACAAUACCGGACAGUAGAAAACCAACCAGAAAGUUCGGAAAAUUGUCUGAAUCCUCCUUUGGCCGCGACUGCCGACACAAGCAAGAAAACAACGUAAAUACCGGAGACUUUUGAGGAAUAACGGGCGCUUAAAACGGAGGUAGACCGGACAAGAGCUAAAAAGUUGGGUUAAUGCCAAUGAAGGAUAAACGAUAGGGGACACUAUCCCCUAUCGAGGAGCUGAGGGGGAAACUGGUUGGGAGGGGUAGAGUUUACAUUCAAGAUUUCUCCCAAAAACUGGAACUUACUCAGAUCCUGCCUACCCCACCAUCAACACAUCCUGCUUUUUAUUUUCUACUAUUUAUACAACAAGCACACUAAUCCUCAAAAGCCCUCAACUGUGUUCAUGUGCUCACAGGUGUUGGCCACAGGUCUGUCUGGGCUGUACUCGUCUCUUCCAGCCAGGCUGCAGGUUUACAGUGAAGACUGGCACUGUCUGGACCAGGCCGACUGGCAGCAGGUAACCUGGAGGUCUCAGUGUCUCCUCUCUAAAACUUCUUUUACUUAGAAGGACGAUCUUCCGGAAGUAUUCUGUUGAUCCAUAAAUGUUUGAUUGAACGCCAAUGGUUCUGACCUGAUCUUUGGUCCACAGGUUCCAGCUCUGGUCCACUUUCUGCACUCCCUGGAGUUCUGUAGUGCUGUUACCAAGGUAACACACAAACGCUAAGGAGAGGUACAAAUACAACGAAUCGUGCUUUGAAUGACUGUGUCCGUCUCUCUGUCAGGUCGCUCAUCCCUCAAUCCGGUCCCAGUUGCUGAACUACAUCUACAACGGUUUCUUGGUGCCUGUCCUCGCUCCUGCUCUCCAUAAGGUAUCAGACCUUCUAGAUUCUGCCUCUCCCCUUGUCCUCGUAGUCUCACUCGUCUUGUUUGUGCUACAUAAACAUAAUCGUGUGUGUUUGUAGCUGACGAUAGAGGAGGUGAUGACCACCACGGCGUACCUGGAUCUCUUCCUGCGCUCCAUCUCUGAGCCCGCCCUCCUCCAGACCUUCCUGUCCUUCAUCCUGCUGCACACACAUGACAACGUGCACAUACUGGACACACUGGUCAGCAGAGUCAACACACCUUUCCAGGUAACACACCUCACUGCAGUCGACUGUUUGUUAAAUCAUUUGCCAUGUAAGUGAGCUCAAUAGGAACCUGUUUUUGUCCGACAGCUGGGUACGGUGUCUCUGGCUCUGUUCAGGACUCUGAUUGGUCUCUUCUGUGAAGACGUCAUGCUGCAGCUGGUGUUCAGGUCGGUUCACAGGUUUUUGGGUGACUUCCACAAAGACUAAUAAGCAAAUCUGGUGUUUUAAAGAGUUUGAAAAGACUGAGCAGGAUCCAUCUGUGUGUCCUCAGGUAUUUGAUUCCCUGCAGCCACCUCAGCAGGAGGCAGCAGUGGUCCCUGAAGCAGAGGGACUGCUACUCCUCCACUGCUGCCUCCUUCCUGCUCCUCAUGCCCUCCUGGUGCCCUGGAAACCUCAACAACAAAAACAUGCACUUACAAUCAGAGCACAUCCACUGGCCCAAAGGAGCAGGUCAGUAAGACGAUAGAAUUCCAGAAACUCAAGGCUGACCCAAAUGCCAAAAAAGUUCAGAAGCGGUAUGAAACACGAUUUUUAGGUUUUUUAUCCAUCCAUCCAUUUUCUACUGCUCUUUCCAAUUGGGGGUUGCAAGGGGGCUGGAGCCUUUCCCAGCAUCUUCGGGUGGAGGUAGGGGACACCCUGGAUAAGUUGCCCUCAUCACAGGGCUGACAUAUAGAGACGAACAACCAUCCACGCUCACAUUCACACCUACGGGCAAUUUGAAAGUGGCCAGUUAACCUAACCCCACUUCUGCCUGUUUUUUGAAUGUGGGAGGAAACCGGAGUACCCAGAGUAAACCCACACAGGAACACCCUGACCUGGAUGCAAACCCAAGACCUUCUUGCUGUUAGGCGACAGUGCUAACCACUACACCACUGUGCCGCCCAUUUUUAGUUUUUCAAAUCAUUGAAAUCAUUUUGAUUAAAAAUAGUGCACAGAAACAUCAGACCUCACUGUUGGGAUACCUGAAGACAGUGGGUUUGUUAUUGUCUUGCUGAAAUAGGUGAAAUAUUUUCAUGUCAUGUUACCAAAGAUUUAUAAAUUUGCCUCAACAGUUGGGGUGUUUUUGUGACAAGAACACGACCCAAAUUUUGUAAGGGUCAAUGGCAUCAAUCAUUAGGAAAACUGUCUAGUGUCUUGACUAGACCCUAUGAUACUUACGUUUGAUUGUUUCCCCAUCUUCUUCAGAUCUGUCAGCAUCAGACAGUGUCGGUUACUGUCGUGGCUCAGACUUCCUGAUGGAUGUGAACUAUCUCCAUUACCUCUUGGACGCCCGUGAGGCCAUCUCAACAUCCCAGAGGUAAGUCUAAACAGACAUGAUGGUAUAGGGACACAGAAAGUCCAUCUGCUGACAAAGUGACUAUCCAAGUCUUGUUGCUAAGGAGUCCAGCAAAAAGGUUAACAGAAAUCUGUUGUUAGGAAGAUGGUCACUAGUGACAGGGAAGUUUCAGUACCCUAGAGAGAAUCUGGGAGGUUAACAUUAAUUUUAUUAUUCUGUAGUCAGGACCUUUUGAGAGUUCCCUGACCUUCCACAUCCUCAUGUGGAAGGUCAAGGCUUAAGGUGGGAGAGCAUCCUGUCUGUUUCAGGUCCAAGGCAUGGAGAGCAGCAGCAAAGACCUCCAGUCCAAAACAAACCAGGAACCCGUGACAAUAUAACACGGAUAAAAUCACUAAUACUGGUUUUUAAUUGCAGGGCGUGUCAGCACUGGUCAGCUCCAUAUGACGGCACAAACCCUCUACCUCAGGAGUACCGAUCGGACACACCAGGAAACGACAAAGACAAUGAGCAAGAGAGAAUAAAGAGUGAGUCCAUCAGCUCUUUGGAAAUGACUCCUCAGGCAUUGGCCCUCUCCCCAACCCUGUCCUCUUCAGAUACCAUCUCUACGAGCAACCAGGCAGGGAGAACAAAUUCUGUCUUAGAGCUGGAGUGGGAUGAUAUUUUUGCAGAGGAGGAUCCUUCUUCGCCAGCAGUGAUGAACACGCCGCUCUCAAACGGAAACGUGAGCAUGGAGGUUGAAAGAUCGACUUCCACGCCCUCACCUCCCGGACACAUACAGGAACUGCGACGUACUGCAACAAAGCUGGUGCAUGGUUCCUACGUGGAGGAGUCUGAGUUUCAGGAUGAUGUUCUAGUCUAUGAUCUUGUCGCCAAGAAUGAUACCAAGGCGGCCAUUUUGGAGCGAAUCAUGGCCGCGAAUCGGCGGGCGCGUGGAAAUGUCCCAAAUGGCCAACAAGUAACAGUAACAACAACAACAACAACAGCGGGGACGACAACAAAAAUAACAACUAUGUUAACAACAACAGGGAGGACGGUGCUUGAAACAGUGAACAGUAUAAUGUCAACAAGGAGAAGGAGCGAGGAUGGAGGAAAGGAGGAAAGAAGGAGUGAGGAUACAGGGAAGGAGAUGGGGAGAAGGAAAGAUGGGAGAGAAGACGAGAUAACGAGGAUAGAUGAGCUUGGAGAGCCGAAUGGGCAUGAGGUGUACACAAAUGGUCAUGACGCUAAGAAUCACAUCAUCGGCGAAUACGUUGAUUCUGAUGAGGAUGGCAAACCAUGUAAGCUAAAAUUCAACUUUAACGACGCCACAGAAACCAGAGAUCGUUUACAAAUCACACACCACAACACACAACAUGCAACCCCAUACUCACUGACAGCUGCUUUACACAACGGCCACUCAGACUUCGAGAAAAACGCCCCGUUGGUACCUGACGCCAAACCUUUAGAACUGCCUGUCAACAAUAUCAACAAUAACAACGACUUCCUGACUCAAUACUAUGAGCUCAUGCGCUCUCUGGGGGUGGAGCCAGACUGUGACAACAUCACAGAUGACAUAGGCGAGUUCAGGAGGCGGGUCAGAGCGCUGAGGCAAAAACUGGAAGAGGAAGAUGGACUCUGUGAAGACCUUGCUUUCAGCCCUUUGUGGGAAAGGAGAAGGAAAGAUGUGGAGGAGGCAGAGAUGGAAGAGGAAGAGGAGCAAGAGGAGGGUGAGGAGGGUAGAAGCAGAAGCAAAGAUGGCGGUAGGAAGAACGAGGUGCCGUUUACAGGUUUGUGUUCCUCGUCAUUAAAUAUAUUUUAUCCGUUCAGUAUUAAAAGUGCUUCACAAGACUUAUAUUUUCACCCCAUUGCACACACAAACCUUCAGUUUUCCAUGAUGCCCCAGGUCCAUUCAUCAGUGUGCUGCUGUCAAGGCUGGAGAACCUUCUGGAAAACUCUAUUGCCGUUAACCUGCUUGUGACAGGUAUCCUCGCCCAGCUGGCAUCGUACCCACAGCCCCUUCUAAGAUCCUUCCUGCUUACCACAGACCAACAAAACCAACCCAACCUACGAACACUCUACCAGGUAACAACCAGAUACGUGUUGUAUUAAUCUAUUUUUAGGCAUUCUUGUGUAUACUCUACAUACAGUAUAUACCCAUGUAUGAAUGUAUUUGUAGGUGCUGGUGUCGGUGCAUGCUCAGAUCGAGCGCUACAUGGCAGCCAGGCCAGAUUACCCUGCCCUUGUCACUCAGGCCUGGAGGUUUCUUUUGGCCAAAGACCAGGACAGCAAAUUUAGAGGUAAACCAACACACAUAUUAGCAUCCAUGCAUGAUCUGACACCCCUACACCAACUUGAUUUUUGAACACAAGAUCUGAAAAACCCUAAACCACAGUAACUUAAGAUGCUAGAAUCCUGGGACUUUAUGAACAUAUGAGGAACUUUUGUGAAAUCUAACACACAAUCUAUUCGCCUUCAUUGUCACUUCUUUCAGAGUGCCUGGAAUCUCAUGGAGGGGAUAAUAUCCCGGACCCAUCUCUUCCCAAUGGUUCUGUAAAAAACACUCUUACUUUGCCUCCUAUUGGUGUUUUGCCGCCCUGCCCUCAAAUUCCCCCCCAAGCCAAGAGCAGAGUUUUUGCAAUCAUCCUGUACGCUGAGUUCCUGAAAGAGCUGGCCGCCAUCGCCCAGGAGCACAGCAUCGCCCUGGACUGCUCUGCUAAGGAGUAA